AUGAAAAUCACCUCGCUGCUCACUGGUAUCUUCGCGGCCCACUAUGCCAGCGCAGAGCUCGUGUAUCUAGUCAACUCUGUAAAGGGCAACGAGAUCUCCAGCGGCAUGGCAUACUACGCCGAUGGUCACUCUGCCGAAAACUUCGCCCAGCCUCAAGACUACACCGACGUCACCCAUGGGUCUAAUGUUCACUGGGAAGGAAAACCUGUAAAGGAGCAAGGCAACUUCAGUAGCGGGGUUAGUUUCACCUCCAACAUCUUCGCCGACGCUGCCAGUAAGGAUCUUAACCAAUGGGCCGGAUCUGGAAACAAUGGAUUCAAGGACUUUACUUGUUGGAAGGCAUAUAGCAACAGGGGCAAGCCUUUCCUGCUGUAUCGUGUAGAUGGUUGGGAGGUCUACAGUAUCUACUUUUGCCGAAAUAAUAAGUAG